GUUUACCCCAAGUGAAAACAGAAAAACAUGGCGGGGGACACUUUAACGGAGCUACUUUUUCUGGAUACGUUCAAACAUCAAAGUGCAGAGCUGACCAAUGUGGAUGUGAUGCGGUUCCCGUGUGGGGUCCUGAUCACAGAGGUGCGCGUCAUUCCUCCUGGAAUUAAAGCACACACCAGCCUGCCAGACAACCGGGCAUUCGGGGAGACAUCGCCUCAUUCCUUCCAGCUGGAGCUUUUCUUCAACAACCUCACUAAACCCAGCAGCGCCUGCUUCCACAGACUGGGCAG